AUGUAUCGCUCCCUCGCCAAGUUCGUUUUGCUCCUCGCGGCAGCAGCGGUGACUUGGAGCAGCUUCUUUCUCGACGCCCAUGCACGUUCGGCACAUGAGGCCAGCGCGAGCUGCAUAGAGCGUGAGAGGGACGCCUUGCUGGCCUUCAAGCACGGCCUCUACGACAUCGACGACUACCUCGUGUCGUGGCAACAUGAGAGCCAGAAUUGCUGCCAGUGGGAAGGCAUCACCUGCAGAAGCACGACCGGCCAUGUCAUCCAGCUUGACCUUCACGGAAGAUAUUAUUUAGACGGCCAGAUAAGUCCAUCCUUGCUAUCUCUAGAGCAAAUUGAAUACCUCAAUCUGAACCAUACAUGUCUUACUGGGCCUAAUGGUGGUGUUCCCAAGUUCUUGGGUUCUCUAAAGAACUUGAGGCAUCUCGAUCUCUCCUUCAUGGUAUUCAAUGGUACAGUCCCUCCACAGCUUGGGAACCUUUCCAAGCUGGAAUACCUCGACCUCUCCGGCUCAGACAUGUACUCAACAGACAUCUCAUGGUUAACCCACCUACCUCUGGUGGUGUAUCUUGAUAUGAGUGGUAUGAAUCUCAGCUCAAUUGCUGCUGGUUGGUCUCUUGUGGUAAAUAACCUUCCAUCUUUGGAGUAUCUCGGUCUUGCUUCGUGCUCACUAUCAGGUGCAAACCAGUUCCUUGAACACCAAAAUCUCACAAAACUUCACCACCUUGAUCUCUCCUAUAACUACUUCGGUCAUCCAGUUGCGUCCGCUUGGUUUUGGAAUGUAACAAGCAUCAAAUACAUUGACAUCUCUGAAACCUCUCUUCAUGGUCCAUUUCCUAACGCACUAGGAAAUAUGACGUCCCUCCAACAUCUAUUUUUUCCAUGCAGUCUGGAUUUCGAUUACGGAGUGACCACAUGUAACAAGGCAACAAUGACAGUUGACAUGAGAAAUCUUUGUGAUUUGGAAGAACUAGUGCUUGAUGGAAGUCUAUCCUCUGGAAACAUUACAAAGUUUCUAGAGAAUCUGCCACAAUGUCCAUCCAACAGAUUCAAAUACUUGAGUUUGAAGAGCAACAAUAUGAAUGGAAUAAUGGCAGCUGGAUUGGGUCAGUUAAAUAGCUUAAUUAGGCUUCACCUUCCUUACAAUAACAUUUCAGGAUCAAUACCACUAAGCAUAGGAAAUUUGUCUUAUUUAGAGUACCUUGACCUUUCUAACAACCAUCUUACUGGGCAUAUAACGCCAGAGCUAGCGAAUUUGACUAGUUUGCAGUAUAUAUCAAUGUCCAAUAACAAUCUUAUUGGACCUAUACCCCUAUGGACAGCGCGACAGGGGAGAUUAGAAUAUCUUGACCUUUCAUACAAUAGUUUUAAUGGAACAAUACAGUUGGGCAUAGGGUUGUGCACUAGAUUACGUUACCUCUCACUUUCUUACAACCAUCUCACUGGCCCUAUACCACCAUGGUUGGGGAAUUGCACUAAAAUGGGGUAUCUUUCUCUUUCCAGCAACCAACUUACUGGACCUAUACCAAUGGAGAUAGCUAGUUGCACUGAUCUAGGUUACCUUAGUCUUUCUAAUAACCUUCUGACUGGACAUGUGCCAUCCAAGAUUGGUAUGCUCAUAAAUUUGACAGAACUAGACCUUAGAAACAAUUACCUGGAUGGCAUGAUAACAAAUGAACACCUAGUUACUCUAACAAAGUUAUUGCACUUGGAUUUAUCGAAUAAUUUUUUCAGAGGUCCUCUUCCAUCAGAGUUUGGUAUUCAGUUAGGCUUAUAUGAAUUCAUUGUAUCCUCCAAUAACUUCAUAGGCCAUAUUCCUAAAUCCAUUUGCCAGUUGGGAAGACUAAUUGUCUUAGAUUUAUCGAACAACUUUCUAGAGGGAGAAUUUCCUCAAUGUUCUCAGGAGCCGAACUUGGUUUUCCUCCUUUUAAAUAAUAAUAGAUUUUCUGGCAAGUUCCCAUCAUCACUUCGAAACUACUCGAACUUGGCCUUUGUGGAUAUGUCAAGGAAUAAUUUGUAUGGAGAGGUACCACAGUGGAUUGGAGAGUUGGUAUAUUUGCGCUUUCUGCAACUAAGCCACAACUUGUUUCAUGGAAAAAUUCCAACUAGUAUCACAAACCUUUGACGCCUCCGUCAACUGAGUUUAGCGGGAAACAAUAUGUUUGGUGCUAUACCAUGGUCUUUGUCAAAUUUAACAGCAAUGUCCCAAAAACAUACAAGAAGGAAUGGGGUUGAGUUGGCUAAAUGGUACAUUGGCGCUGUGGGUGACUUUACAGAGGUUGUUUCGGUUGUGAUGAAGCGCCAAGAACUAAA